AAUUGCAACUAAUUUUUUUUGUUCGUCUCCCCUCCAAUUGCCUGGCAAUAUAUCGAACUUUUUUUUUAAUAUAUAUCCUAUAUAAAGGUAUAUAUACUAUAAAGCAUUAUAUGUAUUAUAUAUCUGUGCAUCGUGUGUGUGUGCCGUGUAUCCAUUCGUAUGCAUUCCAUCCAUUAAUUUUAUAACUCAAUCUAUGCGACAAAAAAUAUCCAAACCUUAACAUAAACAUAAAUUAAAAAAAAAACUAAAACAAUAAUACGCAACGCGCUGGCAAUGCGUUAAAAAUAAUAUUGAAUAUUAUUAAAAUCUAUAACUAAAAUUCAAUCAAAACACACACGAAACGAUAAAUCGAAUCAAUUUAAAUCGACAAAAAUGGCGGACAUCAUGCGUCCGCCGUACAGCGAGAUCAAGCGGCCCGACGAAAUCGUCAGAAUGACAACCGCCGACAAUCUGAAGUUCGCCGUCCUCAUCGGCCUCAUCGAGGUGGGGCAGGUCACCAACCGUGAAGUUGUGAAUACCGUACUGCAUUUGUUGGUCGGCGGUGAAUUCGAUAUGGAAUUGAAUUUUGUGAUACAGGAUGCGCAGAAUAUCAAACAUAUGCUGGAGCUCUUGGAUCAUUGUCCGCCCAAUUUGCAGGCGGAAAUCUGGAGUGUAUUCAUAGCGAUUCUGCGUAAGAGCGUCCGCAAUCUGCAGGCCUGCACAGAUGUUGGCCUUAUCGAGCAUGUCCUCGUCCGGCUGCAGCGCUCCGAAACGGUUGUGGCAGAUCUGCUCAUCGAGAUGCUGGGCGUAUUGGCCAGCUAUAGCAUAACGGUCAAGGAGCUGAAGCUGCUCUUUGGCACGAUGAAGGCAACGAAUGGCAAGUGGCCGCGGCACUCGGCCAAAUUGUUGAAUGUCCUGCGCCAAAUGCCGCACCGCAACGGGCCCGAUGUGUUCUUUAGCUUUCCGGGCCGCAAGGGAUCGGCCAUGGUACUGCCGCCGUUGGCCAAGUGGCCGUAUGAGAAUGGAUUUACCUUCACCACAUGGUUUCGCCUGGAUCCCAUCAAUUCGGUGAACAUUGAGCGCGAGAAGCCCUACCUUUAUUGCUUCAAGACCUCCAAGGGCGUGGGCUACACGGCGCACUUUGUGGGCAACUGUCUGGUGCUGACAUCCAUGAAGGUGAAGGGCAAGGGCUUUCAGCAUUGUGUCAAAUAUGAGUUCCAGCCGCGAAAGUGGUAUAUGAUUGCUAUUGUGUAUAUUUACAAUCGUUGGACGAAAAGCGAAAUCAAGUGCCUCGUUAAUGGACAGCUGGCCUCUUCGACCGAAAUGGCCUGGUUUGUUUCCACAAACGAUCCCUUUGACAAGUGCUAUAUUGGCGCCACACCGGAGCUGGAUGAGGAGCGUGUCUUUUGUGGCCAAAUGUCAGCCAUUUAUUUGUUCAGCGAAGCGCUGACCACACAACAGAUAUGUGCCAUGCAUCGCCUGGGGCCGGGCUAUAAGUCGCAAUUUCGCUUCGAUAAUGAGUGCUAUCUGAAUCUGCCGGACAAUCACAAGCGGGUGAGUCACUUUCAACUGUUGCCAGCCACGUCGCUGAUGGUGGCAGGGGCGGGACUGGGCGUUGGCAGUAGUGGGAGCGGCAGUGGAGCUGCAAGUGGCGGUGCCAUCGAUGCCGCUGCGGCAGCCGCCAGUGGCCAACAGCAGCUGCAGUUACAGUUUCAGACACUGGCCGCUGAGCAGGAGGCUCGGGCCAUUGACUGGUCGGACGAGCGGCUCGAUCUGAAUGCCGCUUUCGUAAAGAUUCGAGCAGUGCUGACCGCACGCAACGCCGUCACGCUGGCCGCGCUACCUGGGGCAGGAGUUGUAGCAGUUGCAGGCGGAGGCGGAGGCGGAGGCACUGCCACAACAGCCACUGGAGCAGGAGUAGCAGCAGCAGGAGUCAGCGACAGCAGCAACAACAUCCACGAGGGGGAAGUCCAAGUCCACCCAAUCCCAGGCCAGGGAGCCACUGGGGGCACUGCAGAAGAUCCGCUCGGCCAUUUGCCUACUGGAAAUGCUUCUUUUGACCAAUUGCGUCGCAUGUCUGUCAGCGUGAGCGGCCAAAGCUCUGGCCCAACGGCAGGCGGUGCCGACACGGAGGAGAUCAACCAGCUGAAAGCUGUGCUGUACGAUGGAAAACUAUCGAAUGCCAUUGUCUUCAUGUACAAUCCAGUGGCUACCGAUGGCCAGCUCUGUUUGCAGUCAUCCCCCAAGGGAAAUGUAUCAUAUUUUGUCCACACGCCGCAUGCGCUGAUGCUGCAGGACGUUAAGGCGGUGGUCACGCACUCGAUACACUGCACCCUAAACUCGAUUGGCGGCAUCCAGGUGCUGUUCCCGCUGUUCUCGCAGCUGGAUAUGGCCCACGAGGGCAUUGGGGACAUCAAGCGGGAUCCCUCUCUAUGCUCCAAGCUGCUGGGUUUCAUCUGCGAACUGGUGGAGACAUCGCAGACGGUGCAGCAACAUAUGAUCCAGAAUCGUGGCUUUCUGGUCAUCUCGUUCAUGCUUCAGCGCUCCUCCCGUGAGCAUCUCACGCUGGAGGUGCUCGGCUCGUUCCUCAAUCUGACCAAAUAUCUGGUCACGUGCCUGUCGGCCAACAGCGAUCUGCUGCUCAAGCAGUUGAACACAGGCCUGCGUAAUCCUUUCAAAAAAUUCUACCAGUUGUUCUGUUUCUCGUUUCUCACGUGGCAGCUGCUCGACCACGUGCUGUUCAACCCAGCACUGUGGAUCUACACGCCGGCGAAUGUGCAGGCACGACUGUACUCCUAUCUGGCCACCGAGUUCCUCAGCGACACUCAAAUCUACAGCAAUGUGAGACGCGUGAGCACCGUCCUGCAGACUGUGCACACUCUCAAGUACUACUACUGGGUGGUGAAUCCACGUGCCAAGAGCGGCAUCAUACCCAAGGGUCUAGAUGGACCGCGUCCCGCGCAGAAGGAUAUAUUGGCCAUACGUGCCUACAUCCUGCUGUUCCUCAAGCAACUGAUAAUGAUCGGCAACGGGGUCAAGGAGGAUGAACUGCAGAGCAUACUCAACUAUUUGACCACAAUGCACGAGGAUGAAAACCUGCACGAUGUGCUGCAGAUGCUCAUCUCAUUGAUGUCGGAGCACCCCAGCUCCAUGGUACCUGCCUUCGAUGUGAAGCACGGUGUGCGCAGCAUCUUCAAGCUGCUGGCGGCCGAAAGUCAAUUGAUACGCCUGCAGGCCCUCAAGCUCCUUGGAUUCUUUCUGUCGCGCAGCACACACAACGUAAACUCUUCCUCCCUGGCUAGGCGCAAGUACGAUGUGAUGUCGCCCCAUAAUCUCUAUACGCUGCUGGCCGAACGGCUGCUCCUCUACGAGGAGUCACUGUCCCUGCCCACCUACAAUGUCCUCUACGAGAUCAUGACGGAGCACAUAUCGCAGCAGAUUCUGUACACGCGCCACCCAGAACCAGAGAGUCAUUAUCGCCUCGAGAAUCCAAUGAUAUUGAAGGUGGUGGCCACACUGAUACGACAGUCGAAGCAGACCGAGUCGCUGAUCGAUGUGAAGAAGUUGUUCCUGCAGGACAUGACGCUGCUGUGCAACAGCAAUCGGGAGAACCGUCGCACAGUGCUGCAGAUGUCCGUGUGGCAGGAGUGGCUAAUCGCGAUGGCCUACAUCCACCCAAAGAACAGCGAGGAACAAAAGAUCAGCGACAUGGUCUACUCGCUCUUCCGCAUGCUUCUGCACCAUGCGAUCAAGCACGAGUAUGGCGGCUGGCGCGUCUGGGUGGACACUCUGGCCAUCGUCCAUUCGAAGGUCUCCUACGAGGAGUUCAAGCUGCAGUUUGCCCAGAUGUACGAGCACUAUGAGCGCCAGCGCACGGACAACAUUACAGAUCCGGCACUGCGCCAAGCCCGUCCCAUCAGCACGAUCAGCGGCUGGGAGCGCGAGGAGCUGCAGCAGCAGCAGAACGGAGGCGGAGCUGGAGCACCUGUGGCUCCCAUUCAGAGCCAGGCUGGAGGCACGGUACCAGCUGUGAAGGGUGCCGUGUCCAUUGCCUCGCUGGAGGAUGUGGCCGCUGUCGUUGAGGAGGAGGACGAGAUGGAGGAGGAGACCGUCGAGGAGCUGGAGAGCUUUGAGCUGCCUGUCGAUGUCGACGACGAAGCAGAAACCCAGGACCCCGCAGAUCCCGAAAGUGAACGCGAACGUGAUUCCUCUCUCCGUCCCGGCAGCGCUGACGGAGCUGAGGCUCCAGCGGCGGAACAGGAGCUGCCAGAAAUGCCACCGAGCACCAAGUCGGUCAUUGCCAACAUUUCCGAUGUGUACAACGAGCAAAUCAAAACGGACGAAGCGCUCCAGGCCACGGCCACGUCCACGUCCACGUCCACUCUCGCGCCAGCGCCAACCUGCAAUGGCAGCCUCGAGACGGAACAGGACUCGGAGGCGGACCAAGUUCAGGUCCAGUUGCAGGUGAAGCCACAGACAGAGCUGGAACAUGUGAUGGGUGGCCAGGCGGCGCUCAGGGAAGCCCUGCAGCUGGGCGAUGACAUGGAUGUGGAGGAGCUGGAGCUGGCCACGGCCAGGGACUCGCUCGAUGUGGAGCAGCAUGUGGCGCAUGUUAUGCAGUCCUCCGAGGCGGCGCUCAACGACUGCAAGCUGGUCAUGGACGAUGUGCUGCAGGAGGCUUCCUCAGUGCUGAAAGAUGAGGAGAUUGAGCUGGCCGUCAACGAGGUUGUCCAGGGUGUACUCAAUAACGAGAAGAAGUCCCAGGAGCAGCAGAAACAGCAGCAGCAAGAGCAGCAGGAGCCAAUGGAGCCGCAGGAUAAUGUCAGUCUGCUGAAUAGCAAAAAUUUGCUCAACAACAAUUACAACAACAACAACAAUCCCAGUCCCAGCGAAGAGGAGAUCAACACAACCACCACCAGCACCACCACCAACACCGCAGCGGAUGGCGAGGCGGAUGGGGAGGCAGCGUCGGAAGCGGAAGCGGAGGUCAAUGCCAACGAGAUCAGCACAGCCCCGCCUCUCCAGACGAGCGAGUGUCCUGCUGCAGAUAAAGCGAAAACGGAAACGGAAGUGGCAGCCGCCAGUCCGAGCCCCACGCUAGAAGCAACCAAUCAAAAGACUGAAGAAGCAGCCAACAAGCUGAACAAUAACGAGAAAGUCGAGCAGCCAGAGAGCAGCCAGGAGAGCAGCUCCACGCCGGAGAUCAGCGUCAGUCCGGACACGGACACCACCACAGAGCCGGAGAUCGAGGAGAAUAAUCUCCUGUUGCAGUUGGCUGAGCCCCAGUCGGAGUCCGUGUCCGAACGGGUGACAGUUGCCGAGCCAAGUGACGAUCUGGUGGAGCUGGCAGUGCGCGACAUUGUGGAGCAGCUGAUCGAGCAGGUGAUCGAUGCCACAGCAGCGGCAAAAGAUACAACAGAUGCGAGAGAUGCUCCAGUCAAAACCAAAACCGAGACGGAGACCAACAACAACGAGCUGCCAGCCGCCAAAGAAGCGGCAGGGGAAGAGGAACCGCAAGCCACCGCCAUCCAGGACGUGCCUCAGGAGGAGAAACCCCAAGCGGAGGAGUCCGCCGAGAGUCUGGCAGCUGCCGCCGAAGAGAUUGUCCACGAGGUGGUGGAGGCUGCGCUAUUCCUGGCCCAGGAAACCCAGCCGGCAAUCCUUGAAGAAGCAGCUUCUACCGAAAUGGAAAUUAAACUGGAAAUUGAAACGAAGGAGCAUGUAACGGCCAUUGUCAGCGAGGUGCUGGACACAUUGGUCGAGGAGACUGUGAAGGCGGUGGGCGACACCUUCAACGUUAAUGUCAACGUCAACGUGAGCAAGGUGGAGGCCUCAGAGCAGACGACCCAAACCUCGCCGGCACCGCCAGAGGCGCAGCCCGAGGAACAGCAGCAGCAGCAGCAGAAGCAGGCCGCAGCAACAGUGGCACCCACGCCCGCACGGGUCAAGCCCAAGGAGGUGGACUCGACCACACAGACAACGCCAAAGAAUGAGGCUGGGGUGGGAGUCAGCAGCAACGCUGCACUGUUGGCCCAGGAGGAGGUGCAGCUGCAGGAGGAGGAAUUCCAGACCGGCGAGCAGGUCGAGGACUGUGAGGAGCAGUCGUCGGGAAUCGAGGGAAAUGCACAGUCACUCGAGCCUAGUCACUACGCGAAUCCAGCCAGUGGGGAGGCAAAGCAGCAGCAGCAACCGCAACAACAGCAGCAACAACAGCAGCAGCAGCCGCGCUCAAAGUCGGGCUCGACAAGGCCGAUGUUCAGUCCGGGACCGACGCGUCCGCCUUUCCGCAUACCGGAAUUCAAGUGGUCGUACAUUCAUCAGCGUCUGCUCAGUGAUGUGCUCUUCUCGCUGGAGACGGACAUUCAGGUGUGGCGCAGCCACUCCACCAAGAGUGUCCUCGACUUUGUCAACUCCAGCGAGAAUGCCAUCUUUGUGGUGAACACGGUGCAUCUGAUCUCCCAGCUGGCCGACAAUCUGAUCAUCGCCUGCGGCGGCCUGUUGCCCCUGUUGGCCAGUGCCACAUCUCCGAAUUCGGAGCUGGAUGUGCUGGAGCCGACGCAGGGAAUGCCCCUGGAGGUGGCCGUCUCCUUCUUGCAGCGUCUGGUGAACAUGGCCGAUGUCCUGAUCUUUGCCACCUCGCUGAACUUUGGAGAACUGGAGGCCGAGAAGAACAUGUCCAGCGGCGGCAUACUGCGCCAGUGUCUGCGCCUUGUCUGCACCUGUGCCGUGCGCAACUGCCUAGAGUGCAAGGAGCGCACCCGCUACAAUGUGGGCGCCCUAGCGCGUGAUGUGCCCGGUGCGGCGCAUCUGCAGGCGCUCAUUCGUGGUGCUCAGGCAUCGCCAAAGAACAUUGUGGAGUCAAUCACUGGUCAAUUAUCGCCCGUCAAGGAUCCCGAGAAGCUGUUGCAGGACAUGGACGUGAAUCGCUUGAGGGCCGUCAUCUACCGUGAUGUGGAGGAGACAAAGCAAGCGCAAUUCCUCUCCCUGGCCAUUGUCUACUUUAUCUCCGUGCUGAUGGUGUCCAAGUAUCGUGACAUUCUGGAACCACCAGCUGAGCCACAGAUCCAGCGGCAGUCGCCGGUGCUGCAGCGCACCUCUGGAGGCGAAGCCGCCAGUGCGCGUCCUCUGUUUCCGCAAUGGUCGCACCAUGUCUACCCGCAAUUCCUGCCCGAAUCGCAUCAAAAUCAUGUUGCUGCCGCCUCCACCAUGCAACAGCAGCAGCAACAGCAACAGCAACAACAACAGCAGCAACACUACUACCACCAGCAACAGCAGCAACAGCUGCAGCAACAACAACAGACAAGCCAUAACCAUAGCCACCAUCACACGAGUAUGACGGCUGCCUACUACCAGCAGCAGCAACCGCAGCAGCAGCAGCACACAGCAGCAUCACAGCAGCAACAGCAGCUUGGUGGCAACAUCUCGCCCACACCCUUGGCCACGCACUCGAGCAGCUCGUCAGCAAGCUCGACGGCCACCUCACAGCCGGCCUCAAGCUCAUCGCUCUCCUCACUGGCCUCCCAAAGCCAUCAGCAGACGCACCGGCAGCUCCACAAGCAGCAGCAACAGCAGCAGCAGCAACACUACCAUCCACACCAGCAACAGUCCCACUAUGGACUGAUCAAUGGUCACCAGCAGCAACAGCAACAGCAACAGCAGCAACAGUUGAAUGGGAAGCUGUACGGAGAGAAUGGAUCGACAGCUGGACUUUAUUCGCAUCUGCAUCCGCAUCCUCAUCCACAUUCGCAUGCUUACGGCAUGCGCAACGGAGAGACAGCCACACAGCAAAAUGGAUUGACGGAGUACCAGAUGCCUGGAGGAGCUGCAUCUGCAGCAGCAGUUGGAGGACAGUUGGUGAAUGGCCAUGCCACGACUGGUGGCAACAACAAUAAUGCCAAUAUUAUGAACAACAUGCGGAAUUUGAGGAACGGCCACAGUACUUCGGCUACACCAUCUGCUGCCGCUGCUGCAGCUGCUGGAGCUGGAGCUGGAGCUGUGGUUGGGGCAGGAACUGGAGCUGGAGGCGGUAACAUGAGCAACAUGAAUAUGAACAUGGGCAUGGGAAUGGGCAUGGGCAUGGGAAUGGGAGGAGACGGUGGUGUUGGCGUAGGCGUAGGCGGAGGCGUUGCGUAUAAGACAAACGCAAUAAACAAUAAUUACCGCUACAAUGGACAACGCAGCAACGCAUCCGUUUCCGGCUCUGGAACAGGUGGACGUCAGAUCCAGGACAGCGACUAUGAGAUUAUUGUCGUGGAUGAGAACAAUCCGUCGGUGCUGGCGGAUAAUGAUUCGCACUCGAGUGGACCGCCAUCGAUCAAGGCCAACAACCAGACAACAACAACAACAGCCCAUAAUAUUAACAACAACAACAACACUAAGACAACAACAACAACAACAACAACAAAAAGUACUACCAUUCCGACAGCAGCAGCCGCUGCAACAACAACCACAACAAUUAAAAUUCAACAACAACCAUUGUCACCACCAAAGCCAAUGGUGCCACAGAAAUUACCAAAGAGUGUCGACUCGGAUGUGGGCUCCUUGAAUAUGAACUCAACCGAAAACGAAGUUCCUGAGGUGGAGUCCUCGAGCGAGAUCCUGAUCGAUGACCACCACAAGCCCAGCCACUCGAACGACGAGAGUUGGACGGAUGUGAAUCUGAAUGAGGAUGCCGCCGUUCAAGCGGCCAGCGCUGGCAUGGUCGUUGGACUCGUCGACGCUGGCGACAAGCACGAUGUUAGUCAUCCCCAUGGACAGCAUGGCCAGCAGACAGGCGGCACAGGAACAGGAGGAGUGCCACAGCAGCAGCAACAACAGCAGCAGCCACAGCAACAGCAACAUGGAUCGAUGGGGCAUGGCAUCAUGGGGGGAGAGCGGGGCGACAAGCCCGACUCGGAGAUCUCUGUGGUGCGUGUCCCCGAUGGCUAUGGCAGCGGCUCAACAGGGUCGGCCUCCGGUGCGCCUGUGGGACCCGGACAGGGCGUCGGCGGUGGCCAAAGGCCGCGGCCCGAGGAGCUGCCAAUGAAGGCGCCGGCACUCGUAGCCCAGCUGCCGCUGACGACGCCCUCCCGGGAGGCAAGUCUUACCCAGAAGCUGGAGAUUGCCCUGGGACCGGUGUGUCCGCUGUUGCGCGAGAUUAUGGUGGACUUUGCGCCGUUCCUCUCCAAGACACUGGUCGGCUCGCAUGGCCAGGAGCUGCUGAUGGAGGGCAAGGGGCUGACCACGUUCAAGAACUCGCACUCGGUGGUAGAGCUGGUUAUGCUCCUCUGCUCGCAGGAAUGGCAGAACAGCCUUCAGAAGCACGCCGGCCUCGCCUUCAUAGAGCUGAUCAACGAGGGGCGCCUCCUCUCGCACGCCAUGAAGGAUCACAUUGUGCGCGUGGCCAAUGAGGCUGAGUUCAUCCUCAACCGGAUGCGGGCCGACGAUGUGUUGAAGCACGCCGACUUCGAGUCCCAGUGCGCCCAGACGCUGCUGGAGCGGCGUGAGGAGGAGCGCAUGUGCGACCACCUCAUCACCGCUGCCCGUCGCCGCGACAAUGUCAUCGCCAGUCGCCUCCUCGAGAAGGUGCGCAACAUAAUGUGCAAUCGCCAUGGGGCCUGGGGCGAUGUCAGUGGCAUCGGUGCGAGUGCGGGUGUGGGGACAGUUGCUGUCCAAAAGGGCACCUACUGGAAACUCGAUGCCUGGGAGGAUGAUGCCCGCCGGCGCAAGCGGAUGGUGCAGAAUCCACGCGGCUCCUCCCAUCCGCAGGCCACGCUGAAGGCGGCCCUGGAGAAUGGGGGCCCCGAGGAUGCCAUCCUGCAGACGCGUGACGAAUUCCACACUCAGAUCGCCGUCUCGCGAUCCCAUCCGUCUGCCCAGCACAACGGGGAGCUGCUGGACGACGCCGAGCUGCUGAUCGAGGACCGGGAACUGGACUUGGAUCUCACGGGACCGGUGAACAUCAGCACGAAGGCGCGUCUGAUUGCGCCCGGACUGGUGGCACCCGGCACCGUGUCCAUCACCAGCACGGAGAUGUUCUUCGAGGUGGACGAGGAGCAUCCAGAGUUCCAGAAGAUCGAUGGCGAGGUGCUCAAGUACUGUGACCAUCUGCACGGCAAGUGGUACUUCUCGGAGGUGCGUGCGAUCUUCUCGCGCCGCUACCUGCUGCAGAAUGUCGCCCUGGAGAUAUUCCUCGCGAGCCGCACCUCCAUCCUGUUCGCCUUCCCCGACCAGCACACCGUCAAGAAGGUGAUUAAGGCUCUGCCACGUGUCGGCGUCGGCAUCAAGUACGGCAUACCGCAGACCCGUCGCGCCUCAAUGAUGUCACCGCGUCAACUGAUGCGCAAUUCGAACAUGACGCAGAAAUGGCAGCGGCGCGAGAUCUCCAAUUUUGAGUAUUUGAUGUUCCUCAAUACGAUCGCGGGGCGGACGUACAACGACCUCAAUCAGUACCCGAUCUUCCCCUGGGUGCUGACCAACUACGAGUCGAAGGACCUGGACCUCAGCCUGCCCUCCAACUACAGGGAUCUGUCGAAGCCGAUCGGUGCGCUGAAUCCAUCGCGUCGCGCCUACUUCGAGGAGCGAUACGAGAGCUGGGACAGCGACACCAUUCCGCCCUUCCACUACGGCACCCACUACUCGACAGCGGCCUUCACCCUUAACUGGCUGGUGCGCGUGGAGCCCUUCACGACCAUGUUCCUGGCGCUGCAGGGCGGCAAGUUCGACUAUCCCGACCGGCUGUUCUCGUCCGUGUCGCUGUCGUGGAAGAACUGCCAGCGGGAUACGUCCGAUGUGAAGGAGCUGAUACCUGAGUGGUACUUCCUGCCAGAGAUGUUCUACAAUGCGUCCGGCUAUAGGCUGGGACACCGCGAGGAUGGGGCCCUGGUGGACGACAUCGAGCUACCGCCGUGGGCCAAGAGCCCCGAGGAGUUUGUGCGUAUCAAUCGCAUGGCAUUGGAGUCGGAGUUCGUCUCGUGCCAGCUGCACCAGUGGAUCGAUCUGAUAUUCGGCUACAAGCAGCGCGGACCGGAGGCCAUUCGGGCCACCAAUGUCUUCUACUAUCUGACCUACGAGGGAAGCGUCGAUCUUGACGGCAUCCUCGAUCCGGUGAUGCGUGAGGCUGUCGAAAAUCAGAUCCGCAACUUUGGGCAGACGCCCAGCCAGCUGCUGAUGGAGCCCCAUCCGCCGCGCAGCUCUGCCAUGCAUCUCUCCCCGAUGAUGUUCAGCGCGAUGCCCGAGGAUCUGUGCCAAAUGCUCAAGUUCUACCAGAACUCGCCCGUCAUCCACAUCUCGGCCAACACGUAUCCACAGCUGUCGCUGCCCUCUGUCGUCACGGUGACCGCCGGCCAUCAGUUUGCGGUCAAUCGAUGGAACUGCAACUACACCGCAUCCGUCCAGAGUCCCAGCUAUGCUGAGUCGCCCCAAUCGCCCGGUUCCAACCAGCCGCUGACCAUCGAUCCGGUUCUGGCUGUUCAUGGAGCCAAUAACAAUAGCAAUGCGGUGAGCCGACGCCAUUUGGGCGACAACUUUAGCCAAAUGCUAAAGAUUCGCUCCAACUGCUUUGUCACCACGGUGGACAGCCGUUUCCUGAUUGCCUGCGGCUUCUGGGACAACAGUUUCCGCGUCUUUGCCACCGAAACGGCGAAAAUCGUGCAGAUUGUGUUCGGACACUUUGGCGUGGUCACUUGCAUGGCUCGGUCGGAGUGCAACAUCACAUCGGACUGCUACAUUGCCUCUGGAUCGGCGGACUGCACGGUGCUACUGUGGCACUGGAAUGCCCGCACCCAAAGCAUUGUGGGCGAGGGCGAUGUGCCCACACCGCGUGCCACGCUAACGGGCCACGAGCAGGCCGUCACAUCGGUGGUGAUUAGCGCCGAGCUGGGUCUAGUCGUCUCUGGUUCAUCAAAUGGUCCCGUGCUCAUACACACGACAUUCGGGGAUUUGCUGCGUUCGCUGGAUCCGCCAUCGGAGUUCCAUUCCCCGGAGCUGAUCACCAUGUCCCGCGAGGGCUUCAUUGUGAUCAACUACGACAAGGGAAAUGUGGCCGCCUACACCAUCAAUGGCAAGAAGUUACGCCAUGAGACGCACAACGACAAUCUGCAGUGCAUGCUGCUGUCGCGCGAUGGCGAAUACCUGAUGACAGCAGGCGAUCGUGGCAUUGUGGAGGUGUGGCGCACCUUUAACCUAGCACCACUGUAUGCCUUCCCCGCAUGCAAUGCGGGCAUACGAUCCCUGGCCUUGACACACGAUCAAAAAUACCUGCUGGCUGGACUCUCCACGGGCUCCAUCAUUGUAUUCCACAUCGACUUCAAUCGCUGGCACCACGAGUACCAGCAGCGCUACUAAUAAUCCCAGUCACUGACAUUCCAAUCCCUGGAGAGCAAACACUCUAAGAUGCCCGCAUAGGAGAAAGUAAACGAACGCUGAAAGAUGUACUUAAAGAAAUAUGAUGAAUGGAGGGGGUGAUGGAUGCAGAGAGGGAGAGCAGCAGCGUGAGAUGAUCGUUUUUUUUUUUCUAUAGACCUUUACAAACUUUAGGCUAGUAAGCAAACACUAUGGUUUUUUUUUCUAGUAAUAAUUGUGCGUUGGUCGAAAACAAAAAAGAAAAUUAAAAAAAAAGAAAAGAUAACAUUUUUUUUUACUAGAAUUACGAAUUGUAUGUUAAGUUAUGGCAAUGGAAAUGGCGACAGAGAGUAUAGAAGGGGAAAGGAGAAACGCAAAAGAAGAGGGAAAUGAUAAAGGAUAAAGAAGCUAGGAGAUGCUUAGAAUGCGGAUGCGGCUUAAGUAAGUAGUUGAAAUAAGACAAGUGAAGUUAGUGUUUAUAAAACGCAAUAAGCAGUUCAUAAAAUAAAAAUAUAUAAAAUCUACAAGUAAAUCUACAGCUAAUUCCCCACAUGCAUUAUUAUAAUAACAACUAAUGUAGCAAAAGUUCGCAAGGAAAAUAAAAACAAAUUAAAUCGAUAACAAACAAAACCUAAAAAACGCAAUUAGAGAACGAAGAGAAGCCGAAGCGGAAGGAAGUGGAAAGGGAAGCGUAAGGAUAGCGGAAAAAUAGAAUGAAACUAAAGCGGCCAAAAGUAGGAAUGCGGGAAUGGAGGAGCAAAGAGCAAGGAAAUAAAGCCAAUUUUUAAUUAUAGCGUUAGUUCUCUGGGCCACACACACACACACACACACACACACACACACACACACACACACACACACACACACACACAAAGAUAUACCCACAGACAUACUAGACAAAUACAUCUACAAGCAGCUAGUAUGGGCGAUAACUAAGAAAGGAGGAGCUUAGGAAGUGCAGCGCAUAGCCAUUGCCAUUGUGACAGAGUGAAAUAAUAAAGAGCGGAAUUUUAAUAACACACCCACGCACACAUACACACUGACACACGUAUAGGUAUUUGUAGCUAAACUAAAACUAAUUCUUAGCUCCGCAAAACUAAAUCUAAAAAUCCCCUAAAUUAUCACAGCACUGCUAAAAACGAGCCACACAUAAAAAUACAUAAAUGAAUAUGAAUAAAUAAAUUAUACGCAUACAUUUAUCCAACCGAA